UCCGAUGACACGGCAACGCUGUUGAAGUCGCAUUGUUGAGGUUAGGUACUAGGUUUUUAUUUUUAAAUAAUUUUAUCAACAAAAGCUGGGAAAUUUGAAUAGGGUCCAGAAAGCAUCAAUUAAUCCCUAUUUUUGAACGAUAAAAUGGAAAGGGAGCGACGUUCUAACGCGGGCAACCGCAUGGCCAAACUGCUGGACGAGGAGGAAGAGUGCCAAGACGAUUUUUACAAACAAAAUUAUGGUGGUUUUGAAGAAACUGAAUCAGACAAUGAAUAUCAGGCAGAGAAGGAGGAAGAGGAUAUUGUGGAUUCAGAUUUUAGCAUUGACGAGAACGAUGAACCUGUGUCAGACACUGAAGAUGGAGAAAGUCAAAAGAAGAAAAGGAGACUUGUGACGAAAGCCUAUAAAGAACCAGUAGUUACACCCAAAGACAAACCAAAAACCAAGCCAAAAUCCGCUUUUCCGAAAGUGAAAUCUUUCCAUGACAGCUCCAUUGAUUUAUCUGAGAGGAAAUCGAAAAGGAAAUCGACUGCGGCAAAAAGUGCCGAGACUGCACAUAGAAUAAAAGUCAGAGAUGAAGAAUUAAAGAAUAAACCGAAAAAAAGUAAGGAGGAGGAGUGGGUGCCCACUCAAGAAGAACUGUUGGAGGAAGCAAAAAUAACCGAAGAAGAAAACUUAAAAUCGCUGGAGAGAUAUCAAAAGUUGGAGAGUGAAAAAAAGACUAAGAGAAUAACCAAGAAGGCUUAUUCGGGGCCUUUGAUUCGGUACACCUCCACUAGGAUGCCUUUAAUAGAGGAAAUUCCUGAUGAGAAAGAUAACUGUAAGGACAUAAAAGCAGAACCAGACAAAGAAAAGCCCAAUUUCUACGAGAGAACUUUCAUAACAAUAUUAAACGACCCUCACGACGUAGUGUUUAAGAAAGUGUUCAAUAUAAAACCUACCCCAGUACCCCCAAAGAAACUUAAGUGUGCAGUCACCGGCCUUCCAGCUUUAUAUGUUGAUCCGGUCACGUGGGUUCCAUAUAGAAAUAGCACAUGCCUAAAAAUCAUAAGGCAAUCGUACUAUCAAGAAUUGGAAAAACACGGAGACAAGUCGAACCCCAUGGUCGCCGAUUUCGUUAAGUGGUUCACAAAGAAUAAGGACAGACUAAGACGAGAAAUGGUUUUACACGCCCAGAAAAUUAGUAUUACUUCUUGAUAGUUUAUUUUUUUAAAUUGUGAAUUAUUAGUUAAUUAUUUAAUUACUGUAUAUGCAUGAGGCAUGGAUUUGUAAAAGAACAAUUGUUCAGUUAUAAAGGUAAUAUAACAAUUUUUUUUUAAUUACAAAUGAA